UUGUUGGGGAUAAAAUAUUAAUAUUACUGUAACACAACAAAGUGACAUUUUCCGUAAUACAAAAAUUAGUGGAAGAAGGGUCAAGGGCAAAGGCAAGGGAAGACUGAGGUUAGAAGGUUCCGGAAACAAAGGAGACGAGAGGAACGGAAAGGAGGGCUUUGGGGCCAAUAAAUCCCCUUCUCCAUUCUCUCUCUCUCUCUCUCUCUCUCUCUGUCUCUCUGAAAUCAGAGGUAUCACAUUCACAGGCCCAGCCAAUCAAUAAUUAUAAUAAUUUGGAUCCAUAAGCGUAAUAGUAAAGGGAAAGAGAAAUCAAAUGGAGAAGAAGCACCAGGGGCAGGGAGCGUCGUAUACUUAUUGGGUAAGAGAAGCAACUGCCGACGCCGCUUCGCUCCCUCUUCCCAAGAAACUCACCCACCAAGACAUGCUUUCCGGCCAAUCUCACACUGCAACUCUUGGUUCUGUCUGGAAUCGGGCUGGAACUUGGGAGGAGAAAAACCUUAACAACUGGUCUACCCACAGAAUAAAGGAAUUGCUUCUAUCUGUUGGCCCCUUGGACUUCUCUUCCGGCAAGGCUGAAAUUGAUGAUGUGACAAAGUGUGUUGGCGAUGCAUUUUUGGUGACUGUACGAAACAAGAAGCGUGUUGGCUACACUUAUGAGUUGACAUUAAAAAUCAAAGGCGAGUGGCAUCUAAGGGGGGAGAGAAAAUCUGUUAAGGGCCAUAUUGAUAUCCCAGAAGUCUCAUUCGGUGAGCUCAAUGACUUGCAGAUGGAGGUGAAGCUUAGUGAAGAGAAGGAUUUUCUGCAGCAAGACAAGCUGCAGAUUAUCCAGGACUUGAAGCUAUUUUUGCAGCCUUUCCGCGAGAAAUUGUUUCAGUUUGAACAAGAGCUGAAAGAUAAAUAGCAGGGCUAAAAUAUUGGAUUUGUCUUCAUUUAAACUUUGAUUUUGAUGAAAUUUAUUGGAUUUUAACUGUACUCUCAUGUCUUUGGAGCCACCGCUUAUUGGAUUUUUGUAAUGGAACAUAAGACUGUUAAGGAGGCAAAGGUCUCCAGUGAUGCUUAAAUGUGCUACUAAUGUUGUGAUCAAAGACACUAGAUAGAAUGUUUGCCUGCAUAUGUAGUUGAAGUUUUCCA